AUGAGAGAGCUCUCACGACUAGAUGCCGCGGCCUUGGAUCAGGCCAAAUCGACAUUCAUCUCGUCCAUUUCACAUGAGUUACGUUCGCCCUUGCACGGAAUACUUGGUACACUAGAGUUCAUCAAAGACACGCCGUUGGACUCAUUCCAGACCAGUAUGAUGAACUCUUUGCACGCUUGCGGUACGACGCUCCUUGAUACCAUCAACCACGUCAUGGACUACGCCAAAAUCAGCGAAGAAAUGAAGAUAGUUUCCUCGAAGAAACUGAAAAACGAGAAUACAAUACGGCUAUCUUCCAAGCCAGUGAAGAGCCGGCGAAGAAAGAUUUCCGCAUUUGAUUUUGGAAUCGCAACCGAAGAGGUCGUAGAAGCAGUGUUCUCUGGGUCAUCAUACAUUCCAGCCACCUCCAAGCUCAUGGAAGCACCUAUAUCGCCUACAGAUGAACACGCAGUCUCGUUUCCUCCGCGCAGAGCACGUUUUGUCGUUUUCGAUUUGGCUUACGAUGAUGAUUGGGUCUUUUCAUUUCCAAUUGGAUCGUGGAGAAGAAUCGUGAUGAAUUUGUUUGGCAACGCUGUCAAGUAUACUGAAACGGGGUACAUUCAUGUUUCCUUGAGAUCCAACAAGCUAGCUGAAAACGCCGAUGCGCCUGCAGCGAUCACACUCACCAUUACGGACACUGGCUCGGGCAUGAGUUCUAGUUUUCUCGCGAACCGCCUCUUCCAACCAUUCUCCCAGGAAAACCCCCACGCGCCGGGUACAGGCCUGGGUAUGAGUAUUGUGCGUCAGAUAAUCGACACGAACGGCGGCAAGGUUGAAGUUAGCAGUGACCCGAAAACCGGCACUAAAAUCAUUGUCAAACUUGCCCUUAACAAACCAGAAAUACCUGGUGCGAUGACGACUGAACGAGCGCAGUUUUUGUCUUAUCUACCAAGGUUAGAAGGUCGGAGGAUAUGCAUUCUUCGCAAGAAGAUAGAAAGACCAACCGAAGACACCACUGUCUCCAAAACGGACGAAGGUCUGUUACGCUUCACCAACGCACUGGUUUAUACCUUGGAGACACAUCUCAAGAUGGAAGUGGUGAAGACGCACGAGUGGGAAGGUCACGACGCCGACAUGGUCAUCUGCCCGGAGUUGUCCUUUGACUACCUCGCCACGAUCCGGAAAAGGAGGCCCAACGGUCAACGCGCCCCAGUAACCAUCUUUGUGGGGAUGGAUGCACUCGAAGCAGCGACUUUGCGAUCCGAUGUCCGCGUUACCAAUCGUGAGUCGGUAGUUGAGAUCAUCACGCAACCAUGCGGACCUUACAAGCUCGCCUGGGUUCUCAACCGAUGCCUGGAUCGUUUUGAACAUCCCGCCGAAAACCUACAACCUGCCGGAGUCUCUAGUCCACUGCCACAGCCUCGACAACAAUCACACCCCUCUACACCAACCAAGUCGAUGCAGAAUUCCAUGGAGUCUCUCAGCUUGACGUCACCUGAAGCAGUCGCUCCUUCUACUGCUGGAUCCACAAGUGUGCAGCAUUCGGUUACGUCGCCUCAGGAAGAGGAUCCUGUGAUAUCGCACACCCUCAUCGUCGACGACAAUAUGCUGAACCGACGACUGCUCGUCGCGUUCAUGAAGAAACACGGCCUUCAAUUCGAACAAGCGUCGAACGGACAAGAAGCCCUGCAUAAGUACCAGGAAGGUGCGCGCAAAUAUGACGUUAUAUUGAUGGAUAUGUCUAUGCCGGUCAUGGACGGUAUGAGCGCUACACGUGCGAUUCGCGAGUACGAGCGGAGUAACAAUCUGCCACGGUGUUCCAUCGUCGCACUUACUGGCUUAGCGUCUUCGAGUGCCAAGUUGGAAGCAUGGAGUUCGGGGAUUGAUCACUUCAUGACGAAGCCGGUUAACUUCAAGGCGCUUGGAGAGCUUCUCAGGAGCGAUGAGGCGCAGAGAAACGCAAGAGCGGGCAAUGAGGAUCACACACGGGCAGAUUGA